AGGAGAUCUCUGCAAAUGUCUGUUGUUUGGGUCUAAUACUUAGGGAAAUAUGUUGCAAGUGUAGGAUACGAUUCUGAAUUUGCUACCAACGAGAUCUGAGUUUUCGCUGAUUGUUUUUCAAAUUUGAGCACUAGAACUUUGUCGGAGAAGAAAAGUAUUGGAAAAGAUUGCAGGAGCUUAACAAAGAGCUGGGAAAAUGGGUGAUCCAUUUCCAUUUGGUAGUAGGUUUGGAAACUUUGGUGGUUUCGGAGCAUUUAGAGGUAGCUUGUUUGGAGGGAGAGAUCCUUUUGAUGACCCCUUCUUCUCUCGACCAUUUGAAGAUCUGCUCGAACCCAACAGCUUUAGCUCAGGUGCUUCCUUUAGUAACGUACAAGAUAACAAUAGUGGAAGAGGGUUAACAAUUGAAGAAUUAUCAUCUGAUGAUGGAGAAGAAGAGGAAGGGAAAGAUACUGGAAAUGAGGAACAACAUACUGCUGGUUCAGAGAAUCAGCCAUCUGUUGAGCACCCUGAAGAUGAUGCUGAUGCUGAGAGGAAGAUUCGGAAUGUGAAUCAAAGGAGUGACUUUAACAUAAGAGAGUGUGCACAGUCUCGAGCACAAACUUUCAGACAUCACACCUCUAAGGUCACAUAUGGUGGCAUAGAUGGUGCUUACUAUAUAUCCAGUAGAACCAGAAGAAAAGGCAGUGAUGGAAUGGUGGUUGAGGAAACCAAAGAAGCCGAUAAGACUACUGGUGAAGCCACUCAUAGGAUCUCCAGAGGAAUCAAUGAAAAGGGUCAUUCGGUUACUAGGAAGCUUAACUCGAGUGGUGGCGUAGAGUCGACACAGACUCUUCACAACCUCGAUGAAGAGGAACUAAGUGGCUUUGAAGAAGCAUGGAAAGGCAAUUCUUCUCUUGCCAAGCAUGAAUCCACUGGCUCUGAUCAUAGUUUUGGAAGAUGGCUUCUUACAUCUCCCGACCAAUCCUCUCGCCGAGCGGACGAAAGUCAAACCGGUUGGAACCGAUCUGCAACUAAAACUAAGAAGAUUGUUCGGAUCAACAUUGAAUGAAUCAUUAGAGAAUCGCCUGUAGAAAAACAUGUAUCAAUCUUUAAAUAAUACUGUAGAUGAUGUUUGAAGUUGUGAUGUUAAAGAAUUUUACAUUCGUGUAAUCGUGUGAACACAACAUGAUAUGGAGUCU